ACCAACAUCCUUCCUCAGCGCUCUGCGUACCGCAUCUUAGUAGACCCAUCCUCGUACCGGGUCGACUUCAUUUCCAAGGCUUACAGACGCAAGAUAGCCUCUUGCUCAAGAUACUGUUUCCCGUAUGCAAGAAGAGCAAGUGACGUGCAGAAUAUGCAGUGCCCCAGCAGAACCGGACCAACCACUGUUUCAUCCCUGCAGGUGCUCGGGUACUAUUCGGUACAUUCAUCAAGACUGCUUGACCACAUGGCUUGCUCAUAGUAAGAAAAAGACAUGCGAUAUCUGCAAGCACCCAUAUGCCUUCACCAAAGUGUACGCUCCGGAUAUGCCGGAACGUCUGCCAAUCGUCCUACUCCUGCGACAACUCUCAAGGCAAGCGGCAGCGGCAGUCCUUUUCUUCUUGCGGGCUAUGCUUGUUGGAUUUGUCUGGCUGGCGGUGCUACCAUUGGCGACUAUUUGGAUAUGGCGGAUGUUCUUCGCAAUGGGUGACUCUGCAGCUUGGUGGAUUAGCAAUCGUCCACGGCCGGAGCCGGGCGUGCGGAACGUCGACGUUACUUCAACGAACGGCACAUCCCCAGCCAUCAGCAGCGCCGCUCAGUUUGGGGACGAUAACAUCACCUCUAUUUUCUCGCACCCGGUUGCCCGAGCGAUCUCUUCGGACAUUUUGUCAGGCCAAAUCAUUGCAUCACUGAUCGUACUCGCCUUUGUUGCGAUAUUUCUUUUGCGGGAGUGGAUCUCGCAGAACGCUCGCCCGGGGGUGUUCGAUGAUGCAGAGGUUGUAGCGGAAGAGCAAGUCCAACCGCAACCUCCACCACCUCCUCGGAUUCAACCAGUAAUGCCAGAACAAGUCGGUGUUGUUCGGGUGCGCGCUGCCAACGCACCGAGACGGGAAGAGCCUGCAAUAACUCACGUGCGCGGACGCCGGCAGCGGAUUGACGCUGCUGUUGUCAGACGUCAAGCUGUUGCCGCUAGAGAGAGCCCGAAUAAGCGAUUACGGCGUGCUGAAAGUUUGGACGAACAAAGGCUACGUAGGCGGAGAGUGAAAGGGAAGCGCAUCGAGCGACCGGGGAUAGGUAUCGGGGCUACGCAGCUCCACAGGUGGCACUCACCCGGACAGUCAGAGUCCAACAUCUUUGAGGGACUGGGGUCAUUGGAUGAGGAGGAUAGUUAUGAUACACGGGCAAGAAGGGAAUAUCCCAGGGAGCGGACAGCAGAAUGGCAAGAUUUCGGUCGCACAAGUCGUCCCACUCUCGAGCUUACGCCAGAACAGGCGCGUUUUACGUUCAGAGCGCAGACACCGAGUCAAGGGCUGUCGAGCGACGCAGAAAACGCAGACAUAAUUCGCGACAUUUCUCCUCCUGCGUUUACCGAACAUGUACACGUUACAACAGGAACAGACUUAUCCUCUUGGUCUCGGUCCAUUCCGGACGUUCCUCGAGAUGUGUCCUUUUCCCUCUCUCCAGAAGAGGACCACUUCACAAGUUCCUUCCACCGUCACGAUCGCUCAUCAGAAUCCAAGGGAUCAGACAUUGAAUACGCCUCUGCGUACCUUGAUGCGCCACCCUCAUCCUCAUCUAGCAUCGUGCGACGGGAGGGUGAGACUUCUUCUUUGCCAGCCCUGCAGUCCGAACCGUCUGGGAGUCUACGACGCCCUCCAUUACCCAGUGUGACUCUUCCGCCUUCCUCCGGAGCUUCAUCUGCUGCUGGUAUAGCACGGAGCCGUGUUACAACACCAUUAGCUUCACCUAAUCUGGCGACCUAUCGUCCACCGGAAGAAUUUGAAGCAGGACCGUCUACGUUUUCCGGUUACUUCGAAGGCGAAGGGCAUAUGCAGGAUGAAAUUGAUGACAUGGAGACGGAACAUACACGAUAUUUUGCGGAACCGGACGAAGACGACGCGGAAGAUGACGAGGAGCGAGAUGUGGGCGGUGCCGAAGAGAACGAUGAGGAAUUCGACCAUUGGUCAGAUGACGAUGUCCGAGACGCGGAAGAGGAUGAUGCACAACGCGAUCGCAUCGUGCUCCGUGUCCAAGGACCGAAUGACCUUCGCGAUGAUGCUGCAAAUGGAGCUGCUCUACCGGCUAUGGAGAACGUGAAUGGUGACGGCCGGCCACCUGAACAACUCGAUGAAAUGGAUGUCAAUCUAGAAGACGAUAUGGACGGUGCUUUGGAAGCCAUUGGUCUCCGAGGCCCCUUGCAUAGCGUUUUGCAGAAUGCAGCACUCAUGAUUUUUAUUCUCGCCACCGCUAUUGGCGUGGGCAUAUGGCUGCCUUUUACCGUAGGGAAGUCUACUGCAUUACUCUCGUUGGAUCCCCCUCGAUUCUUGCAAAUACUUCAUCUGCCCCUUCGAGCCAUUCGGAUUGUCACGGAUCCCAUCGUUGACGGAGUGCUCGUAUUAAUCACGCAGUUCUUGAUACCUUUGGUGCUGCGUGGCCUGUGUUCACUGCUGCAUAAAGUGGCGCAGUACGUUGGAGAAGACCGGGCGCAAAGUGUCAUCGAUGGCGGCUACAAAGUGAUUACGCCUUUGCUGCAUGCUUUCGAUCGUAUGUGGAGUCAAGCGGUACUGUGGCUGUCAUCAAAGCCUGAUAUACAGCAGCCGCAGCUCUCUCCUUCCAUUUUCGACCGUGUUCUUCAACAGGAUUCGGCUGUUAUGCGAUUUAUCGAACCAUACUUCGCUCCGUUAGGCAACAAAGCCUGCCUGUUAGUGGAAGAGGCUAAGUUGACGUACUUGCGGCUUGCCAUUGGAAGUGGCCCAAAUGAGAAAGUAUUUGCGAUCCUCCUGGGUUAUGCUGCCGUUGGAUUCCUGCUGGCUCUGUAUCUGAAUAUUCUCACUAUCGGCAAUGUUAGGAAUGCAGGUAGGGCAGUUCGAAAUGCGGUCCGCGAACAACUGCUUGUCAUCAAGGUGGCAGCUUUUGUCGUCAUUGAGCUCGUCAUAUUUCCUCUCGGAUGUGGGAUCAUGCUGGAUGCAUGCACUGUAUGGCUUCUACCGCAGGGUAAUUUCCGGUCAAGGGCGGCGUUCUCGAUAUAUGCGCCAGUAACCUCAAUAUUCUACCACUGGGUCAUUGGCACAAUGUUUAUGUAUCAAUUCGCUGUCCUACUCGCGGGUUGUCGAGGAAUCAUGCGGCCCGGAUCCAUGUGGUUCAUCAAGAAUCCUCAGGAUCAGAACUUUCAUCCUAUACGCGAUAUACUCGAGCGACCUACUUUGGUGCAAGUGCGCAAGUUGCUCAUGAGCGCAGUCAUGUACGGGAUUGUGGUCGCUGCCGGCGUGGGUACAGUGUCUGGGGUUCUCCAAAUUUUCAGCCGGACAAUACUUCCUUUCCGAUGGAAGAUUCGAGAACCGCUUUCUGUCGUUCCUGUUGAUCUCCUUUUUCUCCACUUCGUCUUGCCACAUACCAUGCAGUACUUCCGGCCGAAGAAGACCAUGCGACAAUUUGGUAUCUACCUCUGGAAACAUCUUGCUGCGCAAUUGCGCCUUACUUCCUACAUGUUUGGCGGGCGCUAUAUCAACGAGGAAUACACAUCGCCGCGAUGGUCAUGGCGGUCACGUUUCAUCAAGUCGAAGGCAGAGAUGGCCGACACUGAGGCUGUCUUUGAAGGGACGUUCAGGCGUGUUCCUAACAGCGACAAUAUUGCGUUGGUCAAGGACAUGCCAGCCACAGCAAUAGUUGACGCGGAUGGUACACCGGUUGAUGACGAGCAAGCGAGACUCAUUGCGCUCCAGAACGCCGAGGCGGAGAAGGCUAAGCGGAGCAUCAAAGACGAUUACGCUAUCGUCUAUACGCCUCCAAAUCUUAAGUAUCGCAUCAUGGCGUUUAUUCUCUGUGUCUGGCUUGUCGGUUCUGUUAUCCUCGCAUUGGUACUGGGCGCACCAAUUCUCAUAGGCCGAUGCUUCUUCCGACUAUUCGUAACAGAAGAAGUCCACGAUGGCUACUCCUUCAUCGCCGGCUUCUACCUACUUUGGGCUUGCUUACUCGUUGUCAAUUCCAUUGAACGAACGGAUCGGCGCCGUCAACGCAAGAGCGGCAAUGGCCCUCGCGCUGAUCUACCGUUAUACCUGGCAAAGCGUGGCCUUUUGUGGACCGCCAAAAUCACGUACAUGGGCUUCUUCCUGGGCUUCGUGAUCCCCACUCUCCUCGCAAUUGUGAUGGAGUUCUACGUCGUGCGACCCGUUCGACAAUUUGCGGACCCUCCUAUGGAGCCUCGCAUCAAGAUUGUCGAUAUGUGGGCAUAUGGGCUGCUCUACUCGAAGAUUUUGUUACGAUGUAUGCGCAUGCAACCUGGCAACGACUUGUUAGAUGGGAUAGAUCGCAUAAGACGUCAGGGCUUGAUGCGUCCAGAUGUAUUCAGGGCUACGAGGGAGGUCAUUGGGCCUACAAUCAUUGCCCUUCUGGGAAUGAUCUUCCUGCCCGCUGGCAUGCUCUGGGGUGUGCGCAAGUUGCUGUUGCUGCCAAUCGCGGACGAUUUCCUCUUCGUGCAUGUAUAUCCCAGCAUCUUCACCGUGGCAGGCUUCGCGCAUGCUUUGCUCGCACUAUCAAGAGUCAUCAAUUCCUGGUCACAAUCUAUUCGUGACAAAGAGUUCCUAGUAGAGAUGCGGCUACAAAAUCACGAGCCAGAACCAAUGUACCAGCGAAAAGUACAGGAAGAGAAGCAGAAGCAAGCUGUGGCAUAUUCUGAGGCGGAGGUAGACGCAGACGCAGAUGCUGAUCUUAGGGAAGACGAAGAAGAGGAAGAGGAUUGAUAUCAUGUAAUAGCAUUAAGUUAGCCGUAGUACUUGUUGCAUUCCAGAUCUUCCAUUGCUGACACUUUAGGCUACUAUUGGAUACUUCUUAUGAUAUCCACAGGACAUUCACGGAAAGAUAAAAAGCUGCGGCAUUGUUACUAUGUGCCGCCGGUCGGGCCCAUUUCGUCCCUUCUACAGUCUGCGCUGGCGGCGGCGUAGGUAUUCGGCCCUGUCCUUCACCCGUGUUUCUCGAUCUCAUGUACUAAGGAUUCGCCACAAUAUCAUUGCCAUUAUGACUCUC